AUGGAAAGAUCUGGUACGUCUUUGUUCUUAACAUCUUGUUUUGACGAGGAUGAUGAUGAUGAUGAUGAUGAUGAUGAUGAUGAUGAUAAGAAGAACGAGAAACCCAAAUCCCAAAAACCGACCCUACUACCUCUAGCCACCUCCGGCCACCCAACCGCCGCCUCUGGCCAUCCAACCCCACCGUUAGUGGGUUCUAAUUCAACGUCGUCGAUGGAUUCAAUAAGCGUUAAUCUUAGACGAGUUAUCUUGUGGACUAUAGAAGGAACUACCGUAGUCGUGUGGACUACAGGAGGAACUACCGUGAGAGAAGCACUUGAAGACAAUGGUUUGCGCGUGAGCCGAGAAAAGACAGAAUACCUACGAUGUGACUUCGAUAAGCAGGAGAUAAGAAAAAAUGGGGAUGAGGAUAUUCGCAUUGGCGAGCUGAUACCGUGUCCAAAUGAGUCUUUUAGAUACCUGGGAUCAGUGAUACAAAAAUCUGGGGAUAUAGAUGAAGACGUGACACAUCGGAUCCAAGCGGGAUGGAUGAAGUGGAGAGGAGCUACAAGAGUCAUGUGCGACAAGAGGACUCCGCUAAAACUGAAAAGCAAGUUCUACAUAGUAGAUACUAGACUGGCUAUGUUAUACGGGUUGGAAUGGUGGCCGAUGACGAAAGCCCAAGCGUCCCGGGUGGGGGUGGCUGAGAUGAGGAUGCUAAGGUGGGCUUGCGGGAAGACCCUAGCAGACAGGAUCCCCACGGGAGCUUUUAGAUCCGAGCUAGAAGUAGGGUCCAUCAUAAACAAGCUAAGGGAAGGACGCCUGAGAUGGUUUGGCCAUGUUAGGAGAAGAGACCAAACAACACCACUAAGGAGAGCGAAAUCUAUUGAAGUUGACGGCACUCGAAGGAGGGGAAGGCCUAAGAUAAGGUGGGAGGAUCGACUAGCGAAGGACCUUAUAGAGCUUGACUUUUCAGAGGACAUGAUGUUAGAUAGGACGAUCUGGAGAACUAGGAUUAGAGUAGAGGAGUAG